CGCCAGAGCCCAGGCCGCCCAAGAAGGUGACCAAGCCCAAGAAAGCUCCCAAGAGGGAAAAGCUGGCUCCGGAGACGCCUCCACCAGGUAAAAAUAGCAACAGAAAAGGCGUGAGAGCCAAGAGCUUUGAGAAGGCUGCCAGCGAUGAUCACAGCGUCCCCAUGGCCCAUGGUGAUGUCAGAGAGGGCGGGCAUUAAUGAAAAUGACUUUUAUGAUGGGGCGUGGUGUGCGGGAAGGAACGACCUCCAGCAGUGGAUUGAAGUGGAUGCCAGGCGUCUGACCCGAUUCACCGGUGUCAUCACGCAAGGAAGGAACUCGCUGUGGCUGAGUGACUGGGUGACCUCCUAUAAGGUCAUGGUGAGCAACGACAGCCAUACAUGGACCACCAUUAAGAAUGGAUCUGAAGACAUGAUAUUUGAAGGAAACAGUGAAAAGGAGAUCCCUGUGCUCAAUGAGCUGCCGGUCCCCAUGGUGGCCCGCUACAUUCGCAUCAACCCGCAGUCCUGGUUUGACAGUGGGAGCAUCUGCAUGAGAAUGGAGAUCCUUGGCUGCCCGUUGCCAGAUCCAAAUAACUAUUAUCACCGACGGAAUGAGAUGACCACCACGGACGACCUGGACUUUAAGCACCACAAUUAUAAGGAAAUGCGCCAGCUGAUGAAGGUUGUGAAUGAAAUGUGCCCCAAUGUCACCAGAAUUUACAACAUUGGCAAGAGCCACCAGGGUCUGAAGCUCUACGCUGUGGAGAUCUCCGACCACCCCGGGGAGCAUGAAGUUGGUGAACCCGAGUUCCACUACAUCGCGGGGGCCCACGGCAACGCGGUGCUGGGCCGGGAGCUGACGCUUCUGCUCGUGCAGUUCCUGUGCCAGGAGUACUUGGCCGGGAACGCGCGCAUCGUCCGCCUGGUGGAGGAGACGCGGAUCCACAUCCUGCCCGCUCUCAACCCUGAUGGCUACGAGAAGGCCUACGAAGGGGGCUCAGAGCUGGGAGGCUGGUCCCUGGGACGCUGGACCCACGAUGGGAUUGACAUCAACAACAACUUUCCUGACUUAAACACGCUGCUCUGGGAGGCAGAGGACCGACAGAACAUCCCCAGGAAAGUUCCCAACCACCAUAUUGCCAUCCCUGAGUGGUUUCUGUCUGAAAAUGCCACGGUGGCAGUGGAGACCAGGGCAGUCAUAGCCUGGAUGGAAAAAAUCCCCUUUGUGCUGGGCGGCAACCUGCAGGGUGGUGAGCUGGUGGUGGCGUACCCCUAUGACAUGGUGAGGUCCCUGUGGAAGACGCAGGAGCGUACCCCCACCCCGGAUGACCACGUGUUCCGCUGGCUGGCCUACUCCUAUGCCUCCACGCACCGCCUCAUGACCGAUGCCAGGAGGAGGGUGUGCCACACGGAAGACUUCCAGAAAGAGGAUGGGACGGUCAAUGGGGCUUCCUGGCACACUGUGGCCGGAAGUCUCAACGACUUCAGCUACCUUCAUACAAAUUGCUUCGAGCUGUCCAUUUACGUGGGCUGUGACAAAUACCCGCACGAGAGCGAGCUUCCUGAGGAAUGGGAGAAUAACCGGGAAUCCUUAAUCGUGUUCAUGGAGCAGGUUCAUCGCGGCAUCAAAGGCUUGGUGAGGGAUUUACACGGAAAAGGAAUUCCCAAUGCCAUUAUCUCCGUAGAAGGUAUCAACCAUGACAUCCGAACAGCCAGUGAUGGGGAUUACUGGCGCCUCCUGAACCCCGGAGAGUAUGUGGUCACAGCCAGGGCGGAAGGUUUUACCUCGUCCACCAAGAACUGCAUGGUCGGCUAUGACAUGGGCGCCACGCAGUGCGACUUCACUCUCAGCAAAACCAACCUGGCCAGGAUCAGAGAGAUCAUGCAGAAGUUUGGGAAGCAGCCCGUCAGCCUGCCAGCCAGGCGGCUGAAGCUCCGGGGGCGGAAGAGACGACAGCGAGGGUGACCUGCCAAUGCUUUGAGACACAUCCCAGACCCCUGCAGAUUAAACCACCCCCGGUCAUAGCUCCAUAGAGGACCUGCUCCCUGUUUGCUCUGUAAUCCAAGAAGGCCUGAGAGAAUGUGUGCACCGCAAGGCUGGUCCCAAGGGGAGGGCUGAAGGCUUAGGCCGUUUUCUUCUCUUUGUUCCCAUGUAUCCAAAUAACUUGGGCAGAGCGGCAGAGGAAGGCUGGUUGGCGUGAGAGAAUUCAGCCAGUCAAUCGAAUCAGAGAGAGGGGGGAGCUUGCCUGCUCAGGGCCUCCUGGUUGCAACAGGAAACCGGUGCUUCCCUUUUGCGUGACAGCAAGCUCCCUGUGCAUUUGCAAUGUGCACGGCUAAAUGGCAGCAUUCCUGGGGCCCUGCCGUCCCAGAUGUCACCAUUUGAGAUGCUCAUGGGCAUUCCAAGAGAAUCCACCCUUUCUGGCCCCAGGACAUUCUAAGCUGAGGCAAAUACAUUCUGCAUUCUGUUAACAAUAGAGACAUCACCAAGCGAGCUCAGCUGGCCUCUGGAGUCAGUUUAGUUUCCCUUUCAACAAAGGCUCGUGCUCAUAAAAAGGCGAGACAGGCUGAAAUAAUUUAAGUGAUUGUUGGGCAGCAGGCGUGCACUGGGGCUGGUCUCAGGCAGACUGGGUUUACAGAGACCCGCCCCCAAAUGUCCUGCUGCUCUGGUAGCCCUGGGGGCUCCAUGGGCUGGGACUGUGGCCGGUGCUAAGGAACCAGAUCUUUCAGCCCUGCUCCUCGGUGACCUGCUAGGACUUGAAAAGAGCUGAAAGGAGGCUCACCCGCACCCUCUCUGCUCCGGAUAGUCCUUUCAUGGAAACGAGCACACCCAAACGGGCCUGGCGUCACCACGGGGGUGGUUUUGGAUAUUGGAAUACCAGACCUUCCAGUUUGCACUAAAUCUGAUGAAAGGCUCUUAGAAUUAUCUGUGGAUCGUUGGUUCAGGAGGGGUGAUUGAAUUAUCAUACAAGAAAACAAUUUGUCCCACUUUUUGUUUUUAUUAAUGUUGCUGCCUCACUGACCUGGGAAGAAUGAGAAAAAUAAA